CGCGUGGGUUCCACUUGCCGUUAACUGACGGUUGUUAUUUUACACGUAAGCAAUGGCAAUUUUAAAUAGGUCCACAGUGGAAAUUACGAACGACAUGGCAUCUUUACUCAUUUUUAUAUUCCCUCUUAAAAUUAGGGUUAGGAAUUUUAGUUUCCCUCAUCGCGCUUUCUCUCUAAGUCCAGAAAAAAAAUGUCUGACGAAACGAAGUACGAAGGUGUGAUUCCUGCCGGAGAUAUACCUAACUGUAAGUGCGGUACCAAGGCAAGAUUGUUUGUGUCUUGGUCGGACAAGAACCCCGGGAGGAGAUUCUUUCGUUGUGAGGGUGGGAGAUGUUCUUAUUUUUAUUGGUACGACGAAGAGUAUGCUCCCCAUCUGAAAGUGAUGUUGAGGAACUUGAAGUGUGGUCAGACUGCCUUGAGUAAGGAGGUAGAAUACCUACGGGGAGAAGUGUUUCGCCUGAAAUACAUAAUGGAACAUGCAAGCACUCUUGAUUCUGUUCAAAUGGAGAAGCAACUCAAGGAAUUUAAGGCCACCAAUAUGAAAAUGAGCUGAAA